AUGCUACCGUCACUUGAGCUUGUGGAUGCUUGUCUUCCCAUAUCAGCAUUGAAAACAUUUGACUGGAACGAUGGUAGCUUCAUCUUUCAAGGCCAAGGUCCAUUUUUAAGAGUAGUCGAGGACCGAACCGGGAAUGUGGCUGCACAGGUCCAAAUUUUCAGACGGAACAAUGUGCAUGGAUUCAUCAUCCUUCCUGAACGAAAACAUGAGGACGCGAAAGACACUACUCAAAUUAUAGUAUGGGGCGGGAAAUCCGUGCGUGCCGUUGAUCUCAAGUUAGGCUCCGACAAUGCCGUCACAUUGUGCAUAUCCAGUGCCGAAUUCCAAGCUCCAGACUGGAUUAUGAGCGGAUGUGCUGCUGUCCUUGACCAGCCAGACACAGCGUAUCUGGUCACGGCAAACAAUGCGUUGUUGAGCUUGAAGCUCUCACCGGCUGUGCAGUCAAAAUAUCGCUUGAAAGUCAGCAUCUAUCAACUGGCAACGAGCGUCAAGUGCAUCUUGUACGCUGUGGAUCUCAUUGCGCUCUCUGCCUCUCACAUCCUGAUUGCCGCAGGCACGGUUUUCGGAGAAAUCAUCGUUUGGUCCUGCUUCAUCAAAGCAAAUGGGCCAUCGAAGUUAAAUGCAGUUGGGUCGAUUCACCACUACUUUACUGGUCACGACGGGUCAAUUUUCGGCGUACGCAUCUCGCCCAAACUUACAUCUUUGAAUGGUGGAAAGUCUGGUCGACUUUUGGCAAGCUGCAGUGAUGACCGGACCAUCCGGAUAUGGGACAUCUCGGACUGCGAAAACAAAUCACCUCAGGACCCUUCUGCAUACUCUACGGAUGGCUUCGAGCUUCGAGGCACUGGGUUUGGAGCUACUCAGGGGGAUCCUGGCCUAACAGCUGAAUCAUGUGUUUCGAAAGCCUUUGGGCACAUUUCUCGGAUUUGGAGCGUAAAUUUCCGGCCUCUCAGAGAAGACCAGCCCAAUAAGAUGGGCUUGGUGUCUCGAAGCGAGGAUGCCACUUGUGCCGUUUGGGAUCUGACCUGGAAGUCGGAUUCUGCUGGCGCAACGAAAUACGAUUUACGCGAGACUUCUUCAAGUCUUCUUCAUUCUGGGAAAAAUCUAUGGUCUCUGGAUCUUUGCAGCCGAGGCGAAGAGACUGCCGUUUACUCAGGUGGUGCUGAUGGUGCCUUGAACAACUUCAUAGUCAAAGAGACCUGCGCCACCGAUAUUGCACCAUCGGGUCAUAUUGAUGGGUCUACAAAAGGCCGCCCUUCAAAGAUUGGAACAAAAGCCUUUGGCUUUGUUUCACCAGACUGCUUUGUUGCCUGCUCAGCGAGCGCAGAGCUUCAACUUGGGCAUAUCGGUGCCGGGGAGAAUGCGAAUAUCACCUGGGAGACAUUGUGUACCGCAAAAGACCCCCGUACAUUCUUUUUGAUCGCUGGAUUUCCGCAAAAGCGACUUGCAUUGAUUGGGAGCGGCCAAGGCUCCUUCCAAUUGUACCGCCAUGACUCUAAAUCACUCUCCCGUCUUGUGGAUAUUGGCGGAAGACCCAUCGGGCUCAUUGCGCUUGAAACUUCGCAACCGGACGCUAUUUCCUUCCUUGCUUAUUAUCCAAUGGACAAUACCGCAACAUUGGUGUCAACCACGGGAUUAGAUGACGAGUGCCCGAAGACUGAGGUCGUUACUUUCAGUUUACCACAAGCGCCAUUUGCGGUUUCUGCUGCAUCCUUGAUAUGUGAUGGCCAGUAUCUAAUGAUCGGGUCUAAGCUUGGUGGUUUAGCUGUUUAUCGAGUCUCGGAUCUUGGAAUGAACUCCCAGCCUCUGAUAGAAGAUCGACGUGUUCAUGGCCGUGAUGCUACAAACCACAUCCAAGUGGUUCCAUCGACGGAAGAAUUCAGUUCUAGCAACCCUGAAUAUGUUUUAACGUGUGGACGCGAUGGUUUCUUCUGUCUCCUCGAACUGUACCCCAGUGAUGUCGGCUCCAUCUCUUUCGAGGCAGUGCAUAGGUCAUAUUCUGGCCUCGCAGGUAAUAUCGGAGGUGCGUACUUCGAUGAAGCAAGUGGUGACCUGAUGAUCUACGGAUUUCGAUCACAAUCAUUUGUUCUUCGCAAUGAGUCCAAGCAAAAGGACAUCAUCUCCAUUCCCUCGGGUGGUGCUCGGAGAGGCUGGGCCUUUAACCCGAAGGCUACAAUAGAUAAUGAGGCUGUGCUUCUUUGGAAAGAUGGCCACGAUAUGUACACUCGCCGCAUUCGUACAGAUCUCAACCGGUGCCUCCGAGCUGGAAAUCAUGGACGGGAGAUUAAGUCGAUGGAUAGCGUCGAUUCAAUCCAAGGCAGGCGAUCACUCUUCGUUACUGGAUCGGAAGAUACUACAGUGCGCAUCUUCGCGCUAUCCAGCCCGGCCAGUGCAAGCCCUUGGGGAUCCUUCGAAUGUCUGCGCACAUUGGACACACACAGAACGGGUAUUCAGCAAGUCAGUCUGUCGAAAGAUGGCCAGUAUUUGUUCACAAGCUCUGGCUUUGAGGAAUUCUUCGUUUGGAAAAUCAAAUUUGUCCCAUCAUUCGGUCUUGCGACGAUACUUUUGGCUGCUAGCCCGAAAGAUGACCCGAAUUCGGAGCUUCGAGUAACCAGUUUCGAUAUGGUGGAAGUUAGAGAUUCUGGAGCCGGGCAAGAGUUUCUCCUAUGCUUGACACUUUCCAACUCCACGUUCAAGAUAUUCAACUUCUCUCCAUCCAAUGCCAAGUUCACACUUCUGGCUAGAGGAACAUACAUGACCAAUUGUUUGACACAAGGUCAUUUCUGGGUGAAAGAUUCCUCAGUGAGCCUCAUAACCGCCGCGACAGAUGGAUUCUUUACUCUUUGGGACUUGACCACAACCCUCGAACCAUUUUACACCGUGUCUUCAUCUAUCGUGGUCGCAAACCCGUCUCUCGGAAGCUCGGCUAUCUCACCCGAAGAGAUUUCGUGUGAGAGUCGAUACCAAAUUCAUUCCAACAGCAUCAAAGCAAUUGAGCUGAUUUCAAUCUCUGAAACCACCACCGUGAUUGUAGCUGGAGGCGAUGACAACUCCAUCUCUGUGUCCCUCUUGAAGACGGAUACCGAUGGAAGCGCGCAGGUGAUUACAGUAUCGAUACCAGACGCUCAUACAGCCGCAACAACCACACUCAAAGUUCUCCGUCGACAAACCUCCCGUGCUACUGGAUCCGAUCAUGAAUUCACAACAAUUACUUUCGCCUCCUCUAGCAAUGACCACCGAGUCAAGAUCUGGUCCAUCAUUGUGGAUCCUACGCAACAUGAUGCGCAGGCAAUCCGGCUGAAUUUCUUGCUAGAUCGAUACAGCGCCGUCGCUGAUCUAUCAUCCUUAGCACUGAUUAAGACUUCCGAAAAUGAAGGAACGUUGCUAGUCGGUGGAGUCGGUAUGGAAAUGUUUCAGAUCAAGCUGUAG